AACCCAUCACUAGUAGAUUUGAACUCCUUCGAGUAAAUUUUUUGACACGGACUACACGAGAAGGGGCCGCACCGCCCCGAGCGGCUAAUCAUGACGAUCCUGGGGUCGCUAUUUGGUCUUCCACCAACCUUUUUUGCUUCGGCAACUGUACCUGGAGCUGCUCCUCCACCAGAACAACAGCUGCCGACGGAUUCUCCCUUUGCGCCGAGGCCGCAGUCUGCUGCGGCGGAGCCCCAGGCCGCAUCCGCCUCGACCUCCGCGGCCGCUCGCGCCUCCGCCUCUGGCUGGCGCGAGAGCGGCGCCACCUGCCUCACCUGUGGCAUCGGCGUGGGCUGCCCAGGGUUCUCAUCGCCGCAGGAGCAGCGCCAGCACUUCAAAACCGACUGGCACAGGUACAAUGUGAAGCGGCGGCUGGCCAAGCAGCCUGCGGUCAGUGAGGAGCAGUUCGAGAAGGUUUUGGAGCAGGGCACAGAGAUGUCUAUCUCGGGCUCGGAGUCGGAGACGGACGAGGAAGACGACGACGAGGACACGAUAGACGAGGAGGGGCCGGUGCCGGGCGAGGGCGCGCUGGGGCCCAAGCAGUUCCGGAAGAAGGGUGCCCCCGCCCCAGCCCCGUCCGCAAUCCCGCGGGAAACCUUCCAGGCAGCUGACGGCUCCCUGUUCUCGGUGUGGCGCUGCCUGCUGCGUCAGGACCACGUCAAGGCCGCAGCCGCCGACCAGCCGUCCGGGCCGCAGGAGCUCCUGGGAGAGCUGCGGCGGCUGCGGGGUGCGGCGGGCAAGUGGGUGGUGGUGCUGCUGCGCGGCGGCCACUUCGCGGCCACGGUGUUCAAGGCUCGUGAGGGCCGCGCCGCCAACCCCGGCAAGCACGACGCCGACGCGCUGGAGGGCUUUGACGUGGUGGCGCACAAGACCUUUCACCGCUACGUGGUCCGCGCCAAGGCGGGCGGCAAGCAGUCCAGCAAGGACGCAACGGGCAAGUUCGCGCGCUCAGCCGGCUCCCGCCUGCGUCGGUACAACGAGCAAGCGCUGGAACGAGAUGUGCAGGAGCUGCUGGCCAGCUGGUCGGAUCACAUCGCCUCCGCCGACCUGCUGUUUGCGCAAGCGCCCGCCUCCAACGCCCGCAGCCUGUUCAGCGAGGGCCAGACCACGCUGCUGCAGAGCAACCCGCGCCUGCGCCGCGUGCCCUUCAUAACGCACCGGCCCACCUUCAGCGAGACCAAGCGUGUGCUGCGGCUGCUGACGGCGGUUUUCAAGCCCGAGGACGCGGAGGUGCUGCUGCAGCAGCAGCAGUCCGUGCAUCUGGAGGAGGAGGCGGCUGCCGUGGCCGAGGCGCUCGCAGCCUCCCAGCAGCAACAACAGCAGGCCACGGCUUCAGCAAAGAAGGGCAAGCAGGCCGAAGCCAACGCAGACGCCGAUGACGAUGAGGCGGCGGCGGGGCCGGGCUCCGCCGCUGCCGCCUCCUCUGAGGGCCCGCUGCACCGCGCUGCUAAGGCUGGGGACCCAGAGCGUGUACGGCGGCUGCUGGAGUCUGGGCACGACCCAUGUGCCCGUGACGGCAAGGGCCGGCCGCCGUACGAUCUGGCCUCUGACAAAGAAACGCGCGACGCGUUCCGGCGCUUUAUGGCGCAACAGCCGGAUAGGUGGGACUACUCAACGUCGGGGAUACCCUCGGCGCUGACGGAGGAGAUGGAGGCUGCGGCUGCGGCUAAGAAGGCGGCACAUAAGGCCAAGCUCAAAGCCAAGGACGCGGAGCGCAAGGACGCGGGGCCGAGCGCGGAGGAGCGCAAGAAGGCGGCGGAAGAGGCGGCGGCGGCAGCCAAGCGCGCGGCGGUGGAGGACGAGAUUGCAGCGGCGCUGGCUGAGGCGGAGGCCAUGGCUGCCAGGAUGAACAUCUCUGCAAAGGCGCCUGCGAGCGGGUCAGGGAGAGGGGCUGGCGCGGCAGGUGGCGGCAAGGUAGGUGGUGGCCGCGGCGGCGGCUCCGCAGCGGGUGGCGGCAAGGCGGGCGGCAAGGCCGGGGGCGGCAAAGCUGGCGGCAAGGCAGCGGCAGCGGCAGCGGCUCCGCCUUCGCCCGAAGAAAUGGCACGGCGGCGGGAGAUGAUGGCGGCCGCGGCCGAAGCUCGCAUGCGCGCACUGAGCCAGGCGCAGCAGCAGCAAAAGCUAUACUCGUAAUGCCUGUCAUCUGACUGAACGCAAGAAUGUACUGGGAAACAAGAACUUACAGCAACUGUUAUUGACGCACAAAUUGCAUUUAUGAGCUCCUUUGUUGCCGCUUUGAUGAAUGUGGGAUGGCGUAUGCGGCACGCUAGGAUCCUGCGCUACCAGCCUGUCAUCGGGAGUGCUGUGAUGGCUUGGACGUUGACCUUGCACGGGCCCGGCUCCGUGGCCCUGCAGGUGAGUGGAGGACGCAGCGGCGGCCGCGCAGUGGAUGGCGUGCACGGUGCCGACGGCGCGGGCAGCGGUGCGGGGGGCUGGCUGGGGCAGAUGUGGCCGGUGUUACUCCUGGGCGGCCUGUUUGUAGUGACGGCGGUCGCGGAGCGCCGGCGGCGGUGAGAGGUGUCUUCGUUGUACUGGUUGAGGCUCUUGCGGCUGUGACUUGAACGGGGCGUGUGUAUGAGUGUUGGCAAGACGAUCAGGGAGCCAAAUGGACUGCAGACUGCACGUGACCACCUGUGACCACGACCUCCCCCGCCUCUGUCGGCGGGGAGAGCGGGGGCAGCUGGCCCGCCCGCCCCAGCAAAGUACAUCAAAGUUAAAACGUGAACAG